UUACUAGUCCUGGAUAUGGCAGCUACCCAACCAUUUCAUUUUCAUAAAGACACUUUUUUCAUUUUCAUUUUCACAAAGACACAUUCUUUUUUGGCGUGAAACCAAGGAACGUAGCGGCAUCAGGCGGUGUUCUAGCUAUAUUAUGAACCCACUGGGCGCGGCAAGCCAAACUUCUAAUCAGACAUUUUGUACGCGUCUGAAUUCUGCUAAUCUUCUUAUUCGUUUCUAGGUUCACACCCUCUGGAAUUCCUAUCUGCUCCCAGACGCUGGCAUCUUCCCGCAAUAUGAAUUGCGAUCAAGUUAUAGCUGAGUUGUUUGGAAUGGGCUUUGAAUUCUCUGACAUCACUGAUGCUGUAAAAGCAGUUGGCCCAUCAGUGAGUAAAGCAAUUGAGUUUAUAUUGGAUAAUUCGCGUAUAAAUAUUGGCGCAUCAAGUAGUACUGCAUCUGUUCCCAUUAAUACCAAGCCCGGUUGGAAAAACAACGCCAAUUCGCUGUAUUCGCGUGAUAAAAUGAGGCAGUCAAGCAUAACAGAAAGCUUGAAAUCUGUUGGUAAGCCUGUAAAAAGAAAAUACAAUGUUAAAUCUGCAUUGGGCUGUGAACCAGAGGCCUUUCAUAGAACUUCAGAAGGUCCUGCCAAGCUUGUUCCUGUGAUUGAUGCUGAUAUGUGUCAUCCAUUAGAAGCUUCUGCACUAUCUAAUUGCCAAGGAGAAGAGGAUAUUGACGAAUAUUGGGAGCAGAAGGUCACGAAUUUGUUGCACAAGCAUUUUGGGUAUUCAUCCUUGAAACAUUUUCAAAAGCAAGCACUGCAAGCUUGGUUAAGUCACAAAGACUGCCUCUUGCUUGCAGCAACUGGAUCAGGAAAAUCUUUGUGUUUUCAGAUUCCAGCAUUACUCACAGGAAAGGUUGUUGUUGUUAUUUCACCAUUGAUAAGUUUGAUGCAUGACCAAUGCUUGAAGCUUACAAAACACGGAGUAUCAGCUUGCUUUCUUGGAUCUGGUCAAAUCGAUAGAACUGUUGAACAUAAAGCAAUGGAUGGUUUGUAUAGUAUUGUGUAUGUAUGCCCAGAAACAAUUUUAAGGCUUAUAAGACCCCUCCAAAGCCUUGCUGAAGGACGUGGAAUUGCUCUAUUUGCGAUUGAUGAAGUUCAUUGUGUUUCUAAGUGGGGCCAUGACUUUCGACCACACUACAGGAAAUUGUCUAUUCUGAGGGAAAACUUCCGAGCGGACUCUUUGAAGUUCUUGAAGUUUGAUAUACCACUAAUGGCGUUGACUGCUACUGCUACUAUUCGUGUUCGUGAAGACAUUAUUAAGUCAUUAGCAAUGUCAAAUCAAACCCAGAUUGUUCUCACUUCUUUUUUUCGGCCCAAUCUUCGAUUUUCUGUAAAGCAUUCUAGAACAUCGUCCUGGGCUUCCUAUCAGAAAGAUUUUCAUGAAAUAAUAAGCAUUUAUUCCACAAAGAAGUUCAGAAGAAAUUCUUUACACUCUACAGAUCGGGAUGAUGCCUCUGUGAGCUGUAUUAAUACUUCAGAGUGCAUCACUUCUGAAGUUGACACGCUGCAUGAGAAUAAUCCAAAUAACUUCAAUGAUGAGGCCUUUUCUGAAAAUGAUGAGGACAUAUGUUUUCCCAGGAGAUAUAAUUUGCCUGCUUCUAAGGAAAAAGAAUUAUCAGUAGAAUUUCUUGAAGACGAUUGUGAUCUUAUCCAAGAUGUUGAUGAUUUUGACGUUUCUUGUGGAGAGUUUUGUGGACAACCAAUCAAGGACUUCCGUGAUUCUGUACCACCAAGAACUUUCAAUUCACUUGAUAAACCAGAAGAGAGAGUAAAACUACAGCAUGAAUACUUGGAAGAUGGACCAACAAUAAUAUAUGUUCCCACUAGGAAAGAAACAUUAAGCAUAUCAAAGUUUUUAUUGAAGCUUGGGGUAAAGGCUGCCGCUUAUAAUGCAAAGUUGCCAAAAUCACAUCUGAGACAGGUGCACAAAGAAUUUCUUGAAAACAACUUACAGGUUGUUGUUGCAACAAUAGCUUUUGGGAUGGGAAUUGACAAAUCAAAUGUUCGUAGGGUUAUUCAUUAUGGUUGGCCACAGAGUUUGGAGGCUUAUUAUCAAGAGGCUGGGCGGGCUGGACGAGAUGGAAAGCUGGCAGAUUGUGUUUUAUAUGCCAAUCUGUCAAGAAUACCAACACUUUUGCCGAGUCAAAGAAGUGAAGAACAGACAAGACAAGCAUAUAAGAUGCUAUCAGAUUGCUACAGAUAUGGCAUGCAUAGUUCUCAUUGUCGGGCCAAAAUGCUUGUGGAGUAUUUCGGCGAGAAGUUUGGAUUGCAGAAGUGUCAUCUGUGCGAUGUAUGCCUGAAUGGACCUCCUGAAAUGCAGAACCUUAAAGCUGAGGCUACAAUUUUCAUGCAGAUUGUUUCUGCUUAUGGUCAAAGAACCUAUUCAGACAUCUCAUAUGACGAUGAUAUCAUAAGCAACACUGAUAAAAGAAGUAAAAUGCAUGAAAUGCCAGAUAUCAGGGCUCUUGUCAGUAAAAUAAGGGAAGAGCAUCAAGAAUUGACCACUACUGAAGUCUUAUGGUGGCGAGGUUUGACCAGGAUUUUAGAAUCAAAAGGAUUUAUUAGGGAGAGUGAUGGCAUGAGUCGUGUGCAGAUAAGAUGUCCAGAACUAACAGAAGUAGGAAGACAAUUUCUGAGCUCUGAGAUAGAAGAAGCAUUUUAUGUUUAUCCUGAAACAGAUAUGCUACUAGCCACAGCACAGCCCAAGUCUAAUUCUAGCUUUGCAGAAUGGGGAAAAGGUUGGGCUGAUCCAGAGAUCAGGCGGCAGCGCUUAAAGAAAAAGAGGUGGGGGAAAUCGCCCCGGGAAAGAAAGCCGCGUAAACGGCCUAAUGUGAGUAGUGUUCGAGGAAGGUUAACUGCAAAGCUCUCUGCAAAGAAAUGACCAGAAGCGCCCAUUCUUUCCUGCAAUUUAUUACACCAGUAUUAGAAAAUACACACAUUCAGGCACUAUAAUGGACAAGCACAGGAAACUAAAGUUAGCUCUACUAUUUAGGUAUUUCUGGCUCUGCCAUAAGUGACUUAAAGUUCUGCACAGGAAACUAGUUAGGUUCAAUAGAGGAAUGGGUAAAUGAAGAGUGCAUUUUUGUGUUACAUUAUUUGGUUUAUUUGAAAGGGGAGAAAGGCAGGAACAUCUUCUCGUCC